AUGUCUGAUGAUUCUCAGGCGAAUGUAAGUAGAUUAUACGUCUAAACAGUGUUUAUUUGAUUGUUUUAAUCGUUAUUCAAGCCAUAUAUUUCGAGAUAGGAUAUGCCACAUGUUUGCCUACUUGAAGGUACGAGUCAAUGAACGUCUUCUAUUUCUGUUGCCUUGUAGAGCAAUGUUACUCCAGAUAUCCCGAUCCACCAGGCGGGCAUUGGAGACCAGGGGGAAAGUAUAAAUCGAUCGAGUGCAAAUCGAGAAAAUUGGGGCUAAAACUGUGGCAAAGACUAUGCCAAUUAUGCUCACCUCCUUUCUGGCAUCUACGGGUUUUCAACCAUAGCAAAUUGUCAACCAGGCUCCCCAACCAGAACGGGAGGGCACACCUGACUCAUCUCCACCUCCUUUGAGAAGUGAGAGAUUUUAUAGUAAAGAGUCAUCAACUACCAUUACUGAUGAUCUCAUUGAGCUUUCCAGGAAAGUAUUUUCGACUGCCCUUUCAAGAGAAAAGUGGCUCGAACUAGUCCAGUCAUAUCCCACCAUAAAGGAUACUGACUCCUUUUUGAUCGCCCCUAAAUUAGAGGCUGGCAUGAAGGAAGCUUUGCGUAAGCAUCAUGGCCAUUUGAAAACCAAAGAUGUUUUGGCCUUCGAUGGGAGUUUGGCUGAACAACAAGCCCCCUUUGUUAUGGUGGCCCGCCCUUUGUUAGCGGCCUUAAUGGUCUUGGAUGGUCCUGGCGACGAGGGAGAUGGCCCGGACCCUGACUCUAUCAAAAACUACCUUGAGGAUGCACUGGCUAUGCUGGGGAAUGCACAUGUCAGGCUAAACAAUUUGCGUCAGAGACGCUUUAGUGAAUUUCUCACCGACAUUGGAAAGCGUAUUCUAAAGGAAGGCAUUCCAACCGACAAACAUCUGUUCCCAGAUAAAUUCCAUGAGAAGAUCAAGGAUGAGCAUGACCACUCCACCACUACUAAUAAGGUGAUUAGUACUCCUACUUCUAAACCUGCUAUGUUUGGUCGUCCUGCCCACCAACCUAGGUAUCAGCCCUUUCGUGGCAGCAACACCAGUAGAGGUUUCCAUACCGACUCACGACAACCAGCCAAACGAGGAUGGUCGCGUUCUCGAUUUAGCCAUACCCAGGCUAAGUGUCUACGCCCCUCCAAUCGACCAAACCAGUCAUCUUCCCACGGUUCCGGUCAGUUAUGACUAUCCGUUUCCAGUCCUAAGACAUAUCCAUUGUGUAAAUACUCCUUCCGGCCGUUUAGUUCAUUUUUUAGACAAUUGGAAAACUAUUACUCAGGACAGUUGUAGGUUACAAAAUUCCUUUAACGUCCCCACCUCGCCUGUGGCGACCAAGAAUCACAACAACCAGGUCCAGCAUUCAACAGAAGCGCAUGGACACUGCUAUUCAGACACUUCUCAAGAGGACAGCAAUCAAGGCGGUUCAACCAGCCGAGAAUGAAUUCAUUUCCUCCCUAUUUCUAGUGGAGAAAGUCGAGUCCAAGGGAGAAUUUCGACCGAUUAUCAACCUGAAACCCUUGAACAGAUUUGUCGAAGAAUGGUCCUUUAAAAUGGAGGGUCUUCCAGUAGUUUGUUCUUUGAUACAACCGAACGAUUUCAUGAUGAAACUGGAUCUCAAGGACGAAUAUUAUUCAGUCCCAGUUCACCCAGAGUACCGCAGAUUCCUAUGCUUUGUGUUCAACGGGAAGACUUUCGAGUUCCAAUGCCUCCCAUUCGGGUUGAAAUCAGCCCCUCGAGCCUUCACCAGGCUAAUGACUCCAGUCAUAGCCCAUAUCCGGAGUUUGGGAAUACGAAUUGUCAUUUACCUGGACGACAUUCUCAUCUUACAUCAGGAUCCCAGUGUUCUGCAAUCUAUCUUCAGGAAAGUUGUGAGCCUUCUCGAGGGACUGGGAUUUCUCAUCAACCUGAACAAAUGUUCUCAGUUCCCAUCUCAGCAGCUUAUCUUCUUGGGAACAAUGCUCAAUACUGUCACAAUGUCCCUGUCCUUGCCGACAGAGAAGCUCGAUCUCAUCCAACAGGGAGCACUCCAGCUUCGUACCAAAGGCAAGAGUACACUGCAGGAGUUGGCAGCACUCCUGGGACUCAUGAGCCAUGCAGCUCAGAAUGGCAUUUGGUUGGCUCCUCUGCAUUACAGAGCACUUCAGAGGGUUCACUCAGCUGGGACCCUAAGAUAUGGUUGCAAGGGAUCGAAACAGUCUCUAGACCUGUCACAAGAGGCUAAGGAUGUGGAGUGGUGGCUGUCCCAGGAACCCCAGAACACCAAUACUCAUCACCUCCGGUCCCGACCAUUUGACUUGGUCAUCCACACCGACGCAUCCCUUUUGGGCUGGGGGGCAACAGCACACAACAUCUCCAUCGGGGGACGCUGGAGCCUAGAGGAGUCACAGCAACAUAUCAAUGUGCUGGAGCUCAAAGCAGCAUAUCUUGCAAUCCAGGCAUUCACAAGGAAUCGGAAAUCACCACCGGCUCAUAUCCACCUGCGCAUCGACAACACCACAGCGGUGGCAUAUAUCAACAAGAGGGGGGGGGCGGGGGCACACACUCACCGUCUCUGUCAGCGAUAG